AUGGAGCACAACGUACAUCUGAUAAUCAAAGAUACUCUAGAGAGAUAUAGGAUAUAAGAAAGUUUGGGACAGGGAAGCUAAGGAACCGUCUACAUAGCAGAAGAUUUGGAGGACCCAGAGCGAAAACUUGUUGCACUAAAGCAGCAAGAAUUAGAUGAAAUGCUUAAAACAAUUAAGGCUUCCAUUCUGAGAGAACAUGAAUACAAUAAAAUUAGCAAGUAAACGGACCAAAAGAAAUCUUAACUAAAGAAAUACUUCGCUUUCAAAGAGAAAUCUAAUCAGUCCAGCUCAGACAUCUUAAUAUAGUUGAGGUCUAUGACUCAUUUCUCUCAACUGAAAACAGAUUCAUUACCAUCAGUGAAUUAGGUGAAAAAGAUCUCUAAACAUUUGUAGAAAAUCGAUUCAACAGCUAGAUUAGGCUAUCAAAUUAAGAAAUUUCAAUGA